CGCCUCUCAUCCCACUCCCCCGUCGCCCUCAACCAUGGCUGAAGUCGUCGCCCCACCAAUGGACAUCGCGGAACCACAGCCCCAGGUGGCUGCUCCCAACGGAGUAGAACCGCCUACAGCAUCGGAGGAGCCCGAAAACGUCUCGGAAACGCUUUACAUCCAGAACCUGAACGAGAAGAUCAAGGUGGAUGUUAUUAAGCAGUCAUUACGCUCCCUAUUCAAGACGUACGGAGAGGUGCUUGACGUUGUCGCGCAUAGCAAUUUGCGCAUGCGGGGGCAGGCGUUUGUCUCGUUCGAGUCGCCGGAGGUUGCGAAGAAGGCGAUGGAGGAGGUUAGGGGGUUCCCGCUGUACAACAAGCCUAUGCAAAUAUCGUUUGCGAGGUCGCGAUCUGAUGCGGUGGUGAAGAAGCUAGACGCGGAGCACUUUGAUGCGCAUAAGGCGCAGAGAGACGAGCAUAAGAAAAACACGCGGUAUACGAAUCCACUGAAGCAGAAGCUCCGCGCGAAGAGAAUGGCGACUGAUAUCGACGGAGCUGCUGCCGCACCGGCAGUCAAGCGGCCGAACGUGCAGAUGCCGGACGAGUACCUCCCACCGAACAAGAUUCUCUUCCUCCAGAACCUGCCCGAAAACGUCGACAAGGAACAGCUCACCACCCUCUUCACGCAGUAUCCAAAUCUGCACGAAGUGCGUCUCAUCCCCACCAAGAAGGACAUCGCGUUCGUCGAGUUCGUGGACGAGGCGAGCGCCGGCGUCGCAAAAGAUGCGCUGCACAACUACAAGCUCGAUGGCGAGAACAAGAUCAAGAUCACGUUCGCAAGAAAGUGAAAGUUUGCUUUCUGCUCUUCGUCUUCUAAUAGUAGUUUCCGUAUUCAUGUAUCUUACUCUGUAAUGCUGAAGUCGCAAAGGACUUCACUCACCCGGCG